AGCUACUCAGCGACCUUAGCGCCAGCCCGCUUCCGCUUCCGUGUCGAGAUUAUGGCGGUGGCAAAUUCAAGCCCCGUCAACCCUAUCGUCUUCUUUGAUGUUAGCAUCGGUGGCCAGGAGGUUGGCCGAAUGAAGAUUGAGCUGUUUGCAGACAUCGUGCCCAAGACGGCGGAGAAUUUCAGGCAGUUCUGCACAGGAGAAUUCAGGAAAGAUGGAGUCCCUAUUGGAUACAAGGGAAGCACUUUUCACAGGGUUAUAAAAGAUUUCAUGAUCCAAGGAGGAGACUUUGUAAAUGGAGAUGGCACUGGAGUUGCAAGCAUUUACCGAGGACCAUUUGCAGAUGAAAACUUUAAGUUGAGGCAUUCAGCUCCAGGUCUGCUUUCCAUGGCUAACAGUGGCCCCAGUACCAAUGGCUGUCAGUUCUUCAUCACCUGUUCCAAAUGUGACUGGUUGGAUGGGAAGCAUGUUGUAUUUGGAAAAAUAAUUGAUGGACUUCUAGUGAUGAGAAAAAUUGAGAAUGUUCCCACUGGACCCAACAACAAGCCCAAGCUUCCUGUGGUCAUCUCUCAGUGUGGAGAGAUGUAAUGGAGAUCAGUGCUGAAUCAGGCUUCCUUUUGCUCUGUGAUGCUUCUGAGAAGAUGGGUUGGCCUCCCACCUUGCUUCCUUGGGUACUACCUGCAUUUGUGAUCAAGAGAUAGGACCUGUCAUGGAUUCAGGACCCCAAGCCUUUUUAAGUUUUCAGCUGUAAAUAAAACUUGUGUUUUGGUUGUC